CAAUUUAACAAUUACACUCCUCAAUUAAUAAAAUAUUGCGAGGUGGUCCGGGAUCUGGCUUCAAAGGGGGGAGAUUGGCAUUGGUAUGAUGAACAAUUUCGUUACCUAAGACAAUCGGCACCAGAGCAGCAUCCAUGGGAUAGGAUACACUGGGAGUUGUGGUUACGGGCGUCAAAUACUUUUCGGAAACCGCAACCGCCCACCAACAAACCACGUUUUCGUUCUCAAUUCUUUCCGAAAGGGACCUGCUGGGCCUUUCAAGCGGGUAAGUACUGUUCCGGAUGCAAAUUCGAACAUGUGUGUUUUAAAUGUGGUGGAAAACACCCGGGCGGCCAGUGCUCAGCUUCGGCGCCAAAAAGUGGAUUCCCUUUCAGUUCAAAAGGCAAACGAGAUAGUACAUCGGGUUCUCCACAGCAAGCCAGUCACGCCAGUAAGAGUGGAUCGGCAUGA